CAUGUCCCUACGUCAUUCAAGAUGGCUGCGCUCUAUGUCAGGUCGUGAGUUAAAAAACGGAAAGUUAGGAGACAAGAAGUUCAAUAAAACGCCUUUUUUUGUUUUGUUUUUACAGCAUAUCGCGAUGAAAGGACUAAGUCUAAAGAUGGUGUUCAAUACCAUCACGCCAUUGUAGUCAGUUGUGAAGAAGUGGCGUUAAAGCAAAUACAAUGAUUGCACCUCCAUGGAUGCGACUACCCUGUCUAGUCUGCUCCAUGCCGGCAAAAAGGACAUUGAGCCUCUUCUCUAGCCCAGGACCUUCAAACUGGAGUAAAGUGGUGUCUGACGCCGAGAAGAUUGUGGGUUAUCCAACGUCUUUCAUGAGCCUCCGCUGUCUGCUCAGCGAUGAGCUGAGUAACGUCGCCAUGCACGUCAGGAAGCUGGUCGGCACUCAGCACCCUCUUCUCAACACAGCAAGAGGUUUUGUCUAUGACAGCAAGAACAACCUUCAGAUGAGAGGACUGGUUGUCCUGCUUCUUUCAAAAGCUGCCGGACCAAAUCACACUUCUUCUGAUCUCUUAGCCCAGGACAUGGUCAGUGGCAUCUAUCCCAGUCAGCGAAAUUUGGCUGAAAUCACAGAGUUGAUCCACACAGCUUUCCUGGUGCAUCGUGGAAUUGUCAAUUUGAAAGAACUGACGGUUUGUGAUGGCCCACUGAAGGACAUGGAGUUUGGCAAUAAGAUGGCUGUUCUGAGCGGUGACUUCCUGCUUGCAAAUGCUUGUACUGGAUUAGCCCAGUUGAACAACACUAAGGCCCUGUCGGCAAAACACGAUCCGGCUGGAUUUAGGAAUGAAGUCGUUGAACUGAUCUCCAGUGCCAUUGGUGAUUUAGUUCAAGGAGUCUACUCUGAGAAUUCUAACAAUACUGAGGACAAUAGUAUCAUCGCUGGUGUCGACACUGCAACGUGGGAGGAGCAGACAUUCCUAUCUCACGGGGCGCUGUUGGCUAAGAGCUGCCAAGCUGCCAUGGAGCUGGCACAACACGACAGCAUGUCCCAAAGAUUGGCCUACACGUACGGCAAACACCUGUCUCUUGGCCAUAAGCUACACUCUGACCUGCAGCCAUUUGUAAAGAGCAACGUGGGAGAGCAUGUGGCCUUCAGUUUUAGCUCCGCCCCGGUGGUUUUUCACCGUGACAUUGUUGGCCAGGAGCAAUGGCAGCAGCAACUGUACCAGGCAAAAACAAGAAACCAGCUUGAUUAUUCAAAGCUCUUGGCGACGGUGAAAUCGGAGAAAGGCGUGAGCGCGGCAGUCAAUUUAUGCUGUUACCAUGGCAACAAGGCUCUGGAGGCCAUUCAGGCUUUCCCCUCCUCCGAGGCUCGAUCGGCUUUGGAAAACAUCGCCUCAGCCGUCACCAAAUUCUGACCUGGAUUCACUGAAAUGUACAAACACACACACACUUUGUGACUGGUGCUAUUCCUCGUGCAGAGGCUAGAAAAUGGGAGCCACAGAAAAGAUGAAUUAAAAACGAAUUCAUUUUAAAAAAAAUACAAAACGUUUUGUUUUUUUUAUAAUUAACCAAACCAAGUGCUCUCUUAUGGACUAAAAUCAUCUCUUCAAUUUUAUGAAUGGCUACAACAGCAUCAUUUUUUUAUUCCAAAAAUAAAAACACCUUAUUUUA